AUGAGUUCAUCAGAAGAAGUUUCUUGGAUAUCUUGGUUUUGCGGUCUGCGCGGAAAUGAAUUCUUCUGCGAAGUCGACGAAGAAUACAUUCAAGAUAAAUUCAAUCUAACAGGACUGAAUGAGCAAGUUCCACAUUAUCGACAAGCACUGGAUAUGAUUCUUGAUCUUGAACCAGAUGAUGAACUUGAUAACCAAGAUAAUCCCAAUCAAUCAGAUUUAAUUGAGCAAGCUGCGGAAAUGUUAUAUGGUCUUAUUCAUGCUCGAUACGUUUUAACUAACAAUGGGAUUGCUCAAAUGCUAGAAAAAUUUCAAAAUGGCGAUUUUGGUCUCUGUCCUCGCAUCUACUGCGACAAUCAGCCCAUGUUGCCAAUCGGCUUAUCAGAAAUACCUGGCGAAGCGAUGGUCAAGCUCUAUUGUCCGAAAUGUUUGGAUGUUUACACACCGAGAAGUUCACGUCAUCAUCAUACGGAUGGAGCAUAUUUUAGCACAGGUUUUCCGCACAUGCUAUUCAUGGUUCAUCCAGAGUAUCGACCAAAACGGCCAACAAAUCAAUUUGUUGCUCGUCUCUACGGCUUUAAAAUACAUUCAAUGGCAUAUCAAUUGCAAUAUCAAGCUGCUGCAAAUUUCAAACAGCCAGCUUCAGGUUCAGGCAUUCCAAAUACUGCCGGCGGUGGUGGCACAACGACAAGCACUACUCGUCCUGCUCUUAAAGAUUAA